UUGACCGCCAGUGCGCAGUGAUAUUCCUCAAUGCUGCAUAGACACACAACAAACAAACCGGAAUUCAUGAGGAAACCGCUGUUAAAACCAAAUAAAAAGCAAAUUUUAUGAGAAGUUGUCUUUUCAUGUACCGGCAGAUCUUUAUUUUAGUUCAGAAGAAUGAAUUCGCUUCAUUUUGAACGAUGGCGGUUAGGUUAGCCUAGCGGGCUAAUCUCCCUCAAUCAAUCUGCUACUUACAGUGGCGUAAUUGAUGAGUUUAAACAGGAAGAGGUGAAAGAUGGCGACUGGGAGAGACGACCCUCGUAAACUCUUCAUACUGACCACAGCUGGAAACUACUUCAGUGUGGACACACCAGCAUCUCCGCCCAGCAGCGGUCCGCUCGAUAACUUCUUAGAUGAUGGGAAUGAACUCCUGCUCACCGUCAACAGACAAGGAGAUGAGCUACAGUUAUCAAACAAGCUGGAGAGUAUGGACUGUGAAGAAAGAGUUCUUGUGUUUUUUAAACCUCAUCCAUGUGUGAUAUCUGAGGAGAAUCUGCACAGAUCUGUCCUGGUCUCCUCAAUGCUGGAGUCACCCAUCAGCACUCUGUACCGAGCUCUUAGACAGGUCUACGGCCCUGUUCUCCUUCAGGACGAGAAAUGGAGUAAAUCAUUCGACUCAAAGCUUCAGUCUCUGCUCACUGAUCUUGAGGUCGGCCUGGGCUCUGUGCUCAGACACUCACACGCAGAGGAUUCCGGGAAACACAGUCUUUCAGAGACGGAUGUCUUGGGUAUCACGACUCCUCUGGAUGAGUUCCAGUUUUGGUCUGACAUCAGUCGGUCUGGACAGCACAGCAGUGAGAGAGACAGAGCUGCAUAUUUCUCUGAACUCUUCAGAACCAUUGAGAAGGAUUACAAUAAUCUGGACAGUUUUAGUCUGGUGGAGGUACUGGACCUGAUGGAGACCACACGCGAGACGGUAGAUGAUGUGUGGAGACAGGACGAGCACGGCCCGUAUCCCGAGAUACGCAUGAUCAGACUGAUGGACGUCACAGGUGGGGCUCUGGCCAGAUUUGUACAGAGAAAACUGAGUUCCCUCCACUUGUGGGAGGAUCCAUAUUUCACAGUGAGGGAGGGGCUUAAAGGAGGCGUGGCUGUGUGUGAGCAGUGGGUUGCGGCUUGCGAACACCUGACAGGUCAGGUAUGGAAACGUUACUUGCCUCAUCCGUGGAACGGCGAGAAGCACCGCCCUCAGGGUCUGCAGAGCCUGGCCCAGCGAUUGGAGGAGGUGUUACAGGUGCGAACCGUGUGCGAGAAACUUCAGCGUUUGUUAUCUGGAGGAAAACUGCAGGUUUAUCAACCGUUCACCGGACUCAACCCAAUACACUACAAUCCUUAUACUGAGCCCUUAUGGAGAGCUGCAGUUUCUCAGUUUGAUCGUCUCAUCACUCCAGCGGAACAAGAAGCUGCCGGGAAACUGAAGACCUUUAUAAGAGACGCACAGGAAAGUCCACAACAGUUGCUGCAGGUGUUUCAGAGACACAAAGAUCUGAUCAGAAGACCCACAGUGAGCAAAGAGCUUCAGCCUGAGAGAGAGACGCUCCUCACGCGACUGCUAGACUACAACAAGGGGCUGCGAGCUGAUUUCGAGAGCCGUUGUCAUGGUGUCCCAGGUGAGAAGACGGGACCUCUGGUGGGCAGGAACCUCCCUGAGGUGGUCAACAAUAUUGUGUGGGUCAGACAGCUGCUGCUGAAGGUGGAGGACUCUCUGAAGAUGUCGGAGGUUCUCCUCUCAGAUCUGUCUGGAUUUCAAUCGCUGCUCCGUUUCUCCAACGAGCUCCAGGAGCAGCUGAGAUCUUACGAGCAGGAGCAGUUUGAAGACUGGACCAGAGAUCUGCUGUCUGGACUCUCAGAUCCAAAAUCUGGAAUCAGUCUGCAGGCAAGCAGUCGGGUGAUGGAGUUGGAUCACAUGGACGGACAUCUGAAGAUCCAUUACUCAGACCGGCUGGUGAGUUUACUCCGAGAGGUGCGACAGCUGUCUGCUCUGGGCUUCAACAUCCCUGCUAAGAUCCAGCAGGCCGCAAACACUGCGGAGAAGUUCUACAGACAGGCCAUCGUCCUCAAGCAGGUUGCUCACUUCUACAACACCAUCGACCAGCAGAUGAUUCCAUCUCAGAGACCCAUGAUGCUCAGCUUUGCUCUGGCCUUUGAACAGGUCAUCAAGCAGCAGAACCCGAGGUCACAGUCCCGUGAUGAAGGCGGGAAACACCAGAUCACGUGGGAGAAUCCUAAAGACCUGGAGCAGUACAUCAGUAAACUUCAGAGCGCAGCGGAGAGACUGUCCACAGAGAACCGCAAACUCAGAAAGUGGCACACAGACUUCACUGACAAGGUGGUAUGUCUCUUGGGGGUUGAUCUCUUGCGACAGCAGCAGAGGUGGAAGGAUGGUCUUCAGGAUCUCAGGACUGGAUUUGCAACUCUGGAGUCUCAGGGUUUCCGCGCAGGUGACAUGAAGGCCUGGCGUCAGCACUGGAAUCAUCAGCUCUACAAAGCGCUGGAGCAUCAGUAUCAGGUGGGGCUGGAAGCCCUGAACAAGAACCUGCCUGAGAUUAACAUCGACCUCAUCUUCAAGCAGGGGCGGCUGCAAUUCCGCCCUGCGUUCGAGGAGGUCCGAGCGAAGUAUUACCGCGAGAUGAAGAGAUUCAUCUGCAUCCCCAACCAGUUCAAGGGAGUGAGCGAGGCAGGCGAGGAGUGCAUUUUUACAUGUAUGAUUGAACAGAACGCUAGCGGUUUCCUGACCAUCUUCAGCAAAGCCGAACAUCUCUUCUGUCGACUCACGCAUGUCAUGGACAAAUUCAAGGACUGGGUGGUGCUGGGACAGGUGGACGUGGAUGUUCUGGUUGAGAAACACCUUCACAGCGUUCAGGACUGGGAGAGAAACUUCAAAGCUCUUAAAGCCAAAGGAAAAGAGGCUGAACGUCUGCCCAGCACAGAGAAAGUAGACUGCAUCACGGUGAACUGUGAGCCUGUGAGAAUGGUCGUGGACGAUCUCAUUCAAAGCCUGUUUGACGCACUGCUCUCAUCUCUCAGAAGAUCCAUCCAGGGUCACAUUCAGGUCAUAGACUUAUUCGUGAGCGGUGCGAUGGAGGUCUUGUCCUUGCGUCCUGAAAGCAUUGAUGAGAUUGGAGAGGCCAAUGCCAAACACGCUCAGCUGCAGGCUCAGAAACCAGAGAUAUCGCCUCAGUUCCAGCAGGUGGAGGACAAGAACAAACUCCUGCGGUCUGUGGCAGGUGUAGGACUGGACUCCAUCAGCACCCUGAGAGCAAAAUGGGACAAAUUUGAGCUCAUGAUGGAGAGUCACCAACUCUUGAUUAAAGAACAGGUGGAGGUGAUGAAGGGAAACGUUGAGACGCGGCUUCAGGUUUACAUGCAGGACCUGCAGAAGUUCAGAGCUCGCUGGGACCAGCUCAAACCUAGCUAUGACAUCAUCGAGUCGGGUGACCACGAGACGCUGCAGGGAUGCGCCCAAAACAUCCGAGACAGACGGGCCGAGUUCGACGAGCUGGAAAAAACACGGAAAAAACUCAUGGAAGAUUGUGAGCACUUCCGUCUGAACGCUCCUGAUGUGUCUCUGGCCACUGACACAUUGAGAAAUCUUGAGGAAUGUUCAGUCAUGUGGGAACUUUAUGAGGACUUUCAGCAGGGACUCGGUGAAAACGCUGAGCAGGACUGGAUUUCCUUCAGGAGUAAGACUUACGUCUUUGAGGAGUUUCUGUUCGGGUGGCAGGACAGAUUGAGGAAGCUGGAGGAACACACCAGCAUCUCUGUCAAACUGCAGAAGGAAGUGGACAGAUUCAAGGCAUUGGUUCCAGUAUUGAAGUAUGUUCGUGGUGAGCAUCUCUCUCAGGAACACUGGCUGGAUCUGUUCAGACUGAUCUCUUUGCCCAGAGGAACCACACUGGAGACACUGUGCUUCAAAGACCUGCUCACACUGGCCGACAGCAUCGUAGAUAAAGCCCUGGAGCUCAAGGAUCUGAACAGUCGUGCCCAGGCCGAGGUCACCAUCCGUGAAGCCUUGCGUGAGCUGGAACUGUGGGCGGCUGGAGCCUGCUUCAGUCUGACGGAUUACACAGACAGUCAGAGCGGAUCUCUGCGUGUCAUCAGGGACUGGAGAGAUGUGGUCAACCAGGUUGGAGAGAAUCGCUGUCUGCUGCAGUCGCUCAAAGACUCACCUUAUUAUCUGCGCUUCCAGGAUAAAGUGUCGCUGUGGGAGACCCGACUGGCCGACCUGGACGAAUACCUCCAGAACCUCAACACCAUCCAGAGGAAGUGGGUCUACCUCGAGCCCAUAUUUGGACGUGGGGCGUUGCCACGGGAACAGGCUCGCUUCCAGAGAGUGGACCAGGACUUCAGGGCGAUCAUGUCAGAUGUUCAGAGAGACAGCAGAGUUGCGUCUCUUACGACUCGAGCUGGGAUCAGAAACUCUCUCGUCACCAUCCUGGAUCAGUUACAACGCUGUCAGAAAUCUCUCAAUGAAUUCCUAGAGGAAAAGCGUUCUGCGUUUCCACGGUUUUACUUCAUUGGAGACGAUGAUCUCCUGGAGAUUCUUGGGCAGGCCACAAACCCCACUGUCAUACACACACACCUGAAGAAACUCUUCGCAGGCAUCAGCAGUGUGGAGUUUGAUCAGAGUUUUCAGAGCAUCACAGCCAUGAAAUCCCUGGAAGGUGAGACGGUCCAGCUCCAGAACAACAUCAGCAUCUCCAAUGAUGUGGAGGUUUGGCUGAGUGCUCUCGCCGCAGAGAUGAAAAACAGUCUGAAACAUCUUCUGUGUGAGUGUGUGAAAGCAGGACAGAGAGGAAAUGUAGAUCCCACCCGCUUCCCUUCGCAGAUUCUGUGUCUGGCAGAGCAGAUUCAGUUCACAGUGGAUGUGGAGAAUGCCAUACGACAGCAGACCCUUCAUCAGCUGGAGCAGGAGCUCACCGCCAAACUGGAAAAUUACACCAGUGUCAACACCAGCACAGAUGACUCUACAGAAUCCAGAGUUGUGCAGUUGAAGCUGAAGGCUCUGAUUCUCGACAUCAUCCACGACAUCUCCGUGGUCCAGUGUUUGAGAGAGGCUCAGGUGCACAGCGUUGAUGACUGGACCUGGAGGAAACUGCUUCGCUUCUACCUGAACUCAGAUCAGUGCUGCAGCAUACAGAUGGUGGACGCCGAGUUCACAUACACGUAUGAGUAUCAGGGUAAUGCUCCUAAACUGGUUCACACACCUCUGACAGAUAAGUGCUAUCUGACACUAACUCAAGCGAUGAAGAUGGGUUUGGGUGGGAAUCCCUACGGCCCAGCAGGAACCGGCAAGACUGAGUCGGUCAAAGCCCUGGGAGGUCUGUUCGGUAGACAGGUGCUGGUCUUCAACUGUGACGAGGGUAUAGAUGUGAAGUCCAUGGGGCGUAUAUUUGUUGGUCUGGUGAAGUGUGGAGCGUGGGGUUGUUUCGACGAGUUUAAUCGUCUGGAGGAGGCCGUGCUCUCCGCCGUCUCAAUGCAGAUACAGGCCAUCCAGAACUCACUGAAGAACCAUCGAACCACCUGCCAGCUGCUCAAUGAAGAGGUGGAGUUGGACCCAAACUCGGGCAUCUUUAUAACCAUGAACCCGGCAGGUAAAGGAUACGGAGGACGACAGAAGUUGCCAGAUAAUCUGAAACAGCUCUUCCGACCGGUUGCCAUGACGAGUCCGGAUAAUGAGCUGAUCGCCGAGGUGAUUCUGUACUCGGAAGGAUUCAAGGAAGGACAAAUGCUCGGACGGAAACUCGUGGCCAUAUUUAAUCUGGCCAGGGAGCUGUUGACGCCUCAGCAGCAUUAUGACUGGGGUUUAAGGGCGCUGAAGACGGUGUUGAGAGGCUGUGGAGGUUUACUGCAGUUACAGAGACAAAACAACAAGCCUACAAAGGAGAGCGGUUUAGUGGUUCAGGCCCUGAGGUUGAACACCAUGUCAAAGCUGACGUUUGCCGACAGCUCACGCUUUGACGCACUGGUCAGUGACGUGUUUCCCGGGGUCGACUUUAAGGAUGUGGAGUACGAGACGCUCCGAUCGGCCCUGCUGGCUGUUUAUGAGGAGGCACGGCUUGAAAUCAUACCCAGUCAGAUGAAGAAGGCUCUAGAACUCUACGAGCAGCUCAGACAGCGUAUGGGCGUGGUGAUAGUGGGACCCAGCGGAGCGGGCAAAUCCACGCUGUGGAGGAUGUUGCGGGCGGCGCUGGGAAGGAUGGGCCGUGUCGUGAAACAAUACACUAUGAACCCCAAAGCCAUGGCCCGUCAGCAGCUGCUGGGUCACAUCGACAUGGACACACGAGAGUGGUCUGACGGCGUGCUGACGUCCUCUGCCCGACAGGUGGUGAGAGAGCCACAGGAGGUGAACUCAUGGAUCAUAUGUGAUGGAGACAUCGACCCAGAAUGGAUUGAAUCAUUGAACUCUGUGCUGGAUGAUAAUCGAUUACUCACCAUGCCCAGCGGCGAGAGAAUUCAGUUUGGCCCCAAUGUCAACUUCCUGUUUGAGACGCACGAUCUGAUCUGUGCGUCACCUGCCACCAUCUCUCGUAUGGGCAUGAUCUUCCUCAGUGACGAAGACACUGACGUGGGAGCUCUGGUGAAGUCGUGGCUGAAGAGAGAAAAUGAAGAGAACAGAAUGAAUCUGGAGAACUGGCUGAAUGAUUAUUUCCACAGAGCUCUGGACUGGGUUCUCAAACAGAGUGCUUUUGUGGUGGACACCAGUCUGGUUGGCACGGUGAUGAACGGUUUGUCCCACCUGAGAGGGGUGACGGAGAGAGGACAGUUCGUCGUGGGACUCAUCCGUGGUUUAGGGGGAAAUCUCAGCCUCAGAUGCAGACAGGAGUUUGCCAAGGAGGUACUGAGCUGGGCUAGAGAAACUCCUCCAGAUCCACGGAAGCCUCUAGACACUUAUUACGACCCUGCGUCUGGUCGUCUGUGUGUGUAUGAGCUGCAGCGAGGGGAAGGUGUGUGUGUGGAGGAUCUCAAUAACCCCCAGAAUCUUCCCGUCAUACACACACCUGACAUGCAGCGGGGACUCGACCUCUUCACGCCGUGGCUCUCGUCCAAUCACAGGCAGCCGUUCCUGCUGGUAGGACCUGAGGGAUGCGGAAAAGGAAUGCUCCUGCGCUGUGCGUUCUCUCAGCUGCGCUCCACACAGGUGGCGGUGGUCCACUGCAGCGCUCAGACGUCAUCCCGUCACGUUCUGCAGAAACUCUCCCACACGUGUCUGAUCAUCAGCUCCAACACAGGCCGGGUGUACCGCCCCAAAGACUGUGAGAGACUGGUGCUGUACCUUAAAGACAUCAACCUGCCCAAACCUGACAAGUGGGGCACCAGUAACCUCAUCGCCUUCCUACAGCAGGUCUUGACGUAUCAGGGGUUCUAUGACGAGCACUUGGAGUGGGUGGGGUUGGAGAAUAUUCAGAUUGUGGCCUCCAUGUCAGCAGGGGGCGCUGUGGGCCGACACCCCCUGACGUCACGCUUCACCUCCAUAGUUCGCAUCUGCACCGUUGAUUAUCCAGACAGAGAACAACUGCAGACUAUCUACAGUGCGUACCUGAGACCUGUGCUGCAAAGCACUCUGGGUAAUGAUCCAACCUGGAGCUCUGCAGGGCAGAUCCAUCAGCUCUCCAGUUCAUUGGUGCAGGUCUACGAGCAGGUGAAGGCUAAAUUCUCAGUGGACGAUCACAGUCAUUAUGUGUUCACGCCGUGUUUGCUGACACAGUGGGUCCUGAAUUUGCUCCGAUACGACCUGAGCGCAGGUAAAUCUGCGGUAGAUUCAGUCUUAGAGGCGGUGGCAUACGAAGCUCGACGUCUUUUCAGGGACCGUUUGGUGACAUCGAAGGACCUGAAUGUGUUCGAUAACAUUCUGUCAUCUGUCGUCAGGGGUGACUGGGGCUCUGAUGCCCUUGACAACAUCACAGAUACGUACUUUGUCACGUGGGCCACUUCUCAUGAGGGGCGGGCUCCUGGUCAGCCCCUCCCACCUCACGGCAAACCGCUGGGACGUCUCAAUGCCAGUGACUUCAGUGAGAUCAUACACAAGGGAAUAGUUCUGUAUGGCCGUGAGAACCGGGAGUUGGACAUUCUGCUGUUUCCUGAGGUUCUGGACUACAUGUCUCGUCUUGACCGUGUUUUGAGCUCUCCGGGCGGUUCGCUUCUGUUGGCGGGUCGUAGCGGUGUUGGGCGCCGCACAGCCACGUCUGUAGUCAGCCACAUGCACGGAGCCACUCUCUUUACUCCCAAAAUCUCUCGCUCGUACUCACUGAAACACUUCAAAUCUGAUCUGAAAAAUGUGAUGCACUUGGCUGGUGUAGACGGACAGCAGGUUGUUUUGUUGUUAGAAGAUCAUCAGUUUGUUCAUCUCUCUUUUCUGGAGAUGGUCAACAGUCUGUUGUCCUCAGGUGAAGUUCCAGGUUUGUACUCCACCGAAGAACUGGAACCUCUGCUGUCAUCUCUGAAAGAUCAAGCAUCACAGGACGGCUUUACUGCUCCAGUUCUCAACUAUUUCUCCAACCGCGUUCAGCAGAACCUCCACGUGGUGUUGAUCAUGGACUGCACUAAUGAACACUUUACCAUUAACUGUGAGAGUAACCCCGCCCUCUACAGGAAGUGCUCAGUCCAGUGGAUGGAGGGCUGGUCAGACAGCAGCAUGAAGAAAAUCCCAGAGAUGCUGCUGUCGAGAAUGGGAGAAGAUGAGAAGACGGGAGAACGACAGAAGAAGAAAUCUGCAUCUGUGCAUGCAGACCUCUAUCGUUCCUUCCUGAUGAUCCACGAGUCGUGUCGGGAAUUCGGAGCGACGCCCAGUCAAUACCUAACUUUUCUUCAGGUGUACCGGUACAUCUAUAGCUCGAAACGCAAAGAGCUGACCCAAAAACAACAGCACUUACAGGCAGGUGUGGCCAAGCUGAAUGAAGCGAAGGCAUUGGUGGAUGAGUUGAAGAGACGGGCGGCUGAGCAGAGCAGCUUACUGAAAACCAAACAGGCCGAGGCUGAUGCAGCCCUGCAGGAAAUCACCUUCUCCAUGCAGAAUGCCAGUGACCAGAAGACAGAGAUGGAGAAGAUCAAAGAGAGAAUGGCAAAGGAGGUCUCCAAAAUCGAAGAGCGGAAGAAGAACAUUGACGAGGAGCUCAGAGAGGUCCAGCCUCUGGUCGACGAGGCAAAACAAGCGGUGGGCAACAUCAAAUCAGAGUCCCUGUCUGAGAUCCGUUCCCUGCGCAUGCCCCCCGACGUCAUCCGAGACAUCCUGGAGGGAGUGCUGAGACUCAUGGGAAUAUUUGACACCUCCUGGGUCAGCAUGAAGAGUUUUUUAGCGAAGCGAGGAGUGCGGGAAGAUAUCGUCACGUUUGACGCCCGCAACAUCACUCACGACAUCAGGCAGAGUGUCGAGGAGCUGCUGCAUCGAAACAGAGCGUCCUUUGACCCCAAGAACGCCAAGCGUGCGAGUGCAGCCGCCGCUCCUCUGGCCGCAUGGGUAAAAGCUAAUGUACAGUAUUCACAUGUACUGGAGAAGAUUGAACCGCUGGAGUCUGAGCACGCAGGACUCAUGGAAAACCUGCGUAAGACAGAGAAGCGUAAGAACAGACUGGAGAAGGAGCUGAACUCUGUCGGAGAGAAAGUUCUGGAGCUGAAGGAGAAAUUCCAGUGUCGUACCACUGAAGCAGCUCAGCUGGAGUCAGAAGUGAGCAGAGCUCAGGAGACCAUCAGUGCCGCUGAGAAACUCCUACAGCAGUUAGAUGGAGAACACACACGCUGGAACGCACAGGUGGAUGAAAUCAGUGAGGAACUGGACACUCUUCCUAAGAGAGCUCAACUCGCCGCCGCUUUCAUCACGUACCUGCCGGCAGCUCCUGAAGAUCAGCGACGCAUCAGUCUGGACAACUGGAUCAACACUUCAGGACUACAGAAGUUUGAUCUGCGUCACUUCCUGUGUUCUGAGAGUGAGCAGUUGAUCUGGAAGAGUGAAGGACUGCCGUCUGAUGACCUGUCUAUGGAGAACGCUCUGGUCAUCCUGCAGCUUACUGAACUAAGAUCAUGGAGUGUUUCCUGUCCGUUUUUGAUCGAUCCGUCCUCUCGUGCGACAGAAUGGUUGAGAACGCACCUGAAAGAGCACCGGCUGGAGAUUAUUAACCAACAGGAUGCUAACUUCAUGACGGUGUUGGAGUUAGCUGUGCGCUUUGGGAAAACGCUGAUCAUUCAGGAGAUGGAUGGUGUGGAACCCGUUCUGUACCCGCUGCUGCGACGAGACCUGAUCGCACAGGGGCCAAGAUAUGUAGUGCAGAUCGGAGACAAAGUCAUUGACUAUAAUGAGGAUUUCCGGCUCUUUCUGGCGACCCGCAACCCCAGUCCGUUCAUUCCACCGGACGCAGUGUCUGUGAUCACAAAGGUCAACUUUACCACCACAAGAGCAGGCCUGCGAGGACAGCUGCUAGCAUUGACCAUUCAGCAAGAGAAACCUGAGCUGGAGAGUCAAAAAACCAAACUCUUACAACAGGAGGAGGAGAAGAAGAUCCAACUUGCACAACUGGAGGAGUCACUGUUAGAGACUCUGGCCACAGCUCAAGGGAAUAUUCUGGAGAACAAGGAGUUGAUUGAGUCACUGAACCAGACGAAAGCCAGCAGUGCCCUGAUCCACCAAUCACUGACUGAGUCUCACCGAUUACAGACAUCGCUCGACCAGGAGAGGGAUGCUUACCUGCCAUUGGCUGAGACGGCCAGUAAGAUGUAUUUUGUGAUCAUGGAUCUGUCCAAGAUUAAUAACAUGUACAGAUUCAGUUUGGCGUCGUUCCUGCGUCUCUUCCACAGAGCGCUGCAGAACAAACAGGAAAGUGAAAGUACAGACGUAAGAAUCAGCACUCUGGAGUUGAGUCUGAAGAACAUGGUGUAUGAAUACAUCUGCCGCUCUCUCUUCAAGGCGGAUCAGCCAAUGUUUGCGCUGCACUUUGUGAAGGGAAUGAAUCCAGAACUGUUUCAGGAAAAUGAAUGGGACGUUUUCACGGGGCUCGUCGUCGGAGACAUGGUUCGGAAGACAGACUCCCAGAAGUCCUUGCGAGAACAGUUUCCAUCAUGGAUUGAUCAGGAGAGGCUGAUGGCUGCCGCGCUGCUCAAAACCACCUGUCCUGCGUUAUAUCAGUCUCUGAAUCUCAACGACACAGACCUCUGGCUCUCUUUCUCACGCAGUUCCUGCUGCGAACAGGAAAUCCCUCCUUCUGUUGCCAAGAAGAUCUCUCUCUUUCAGCAGGUGUUGGUGGUUCAGGCUUUGAGACCGGAUAGAUUACAGAGUGCUAUGACAGCGUUUGCAUCUCACGCUUUGGGAAUGAGGGAGCUCUCUCCUCCUCUGCUCAAUCUGAAGCGUCUGUACGAGGAGACGCUGGAGACGGAGCCCGUCUUGCUGAUCAUCUCAGCAGGUGCUGAUCCGUCUCAAGAGCUCCUGGAACUCGCCGGACAGAUCGUGGGACGAGAAAACUACCACGAGGUGGCGAUGGGUCAGGGUCAAGCUGACGUGGCUCUACAGAUGCUCAGAGAGUGCUCUUGCUCUGGUGAAUGGCUGUGUUUGAAGAACCUGCACCUGGUCACCGCAUGGCUCCCCCUACUGGAGAAGGAAAUGAACAGUAUAAAACCCAAGGCUGGUUUUAGGAUCUGGUUGACUGCUGAAGUUCAUGUGAAGUUCACACCAAUACUGCUGCAGUCCAGUCUCAAAGUCACCUAUGAGGCCCCUCCAGGCCUCAAGAAGAAUCUGAAGAGGACGUAUGAAUCGUGGGGCUCAGAGCAGAUCAGUAAAGGUGGUACGCUGGCACGCGCUCAGUCUCUCUUCUGUCUGGCCUGGUUCCACGCUGUGUGUCAGGAGAGACGCAACUACAUUCCACAGGGUUGGACGAAGUUCUACGAGUUUUCUCUGUCAGACCUGAGGGCCGGAUUUGAGAUCAUUGACAGACUUUUUGAAGGUGGUAAGGUGUGCCAGUGGGAAUACGUUCAUGGUCUCCUGGAAAACGCCAUAUACGGUGGACGCAUCGAUCACAGGAGUGACCUGCGAGUACUUCGAUCGUACCUGCAGCAGUUCUUCAACGCACAACUGCUCGCACAACCGCACACACACUCUCGCAUGAAGAAAUCACACGCCUUCCCCGCGCAAAUACAUCUACCCAACUCCUGCAGCAUAGCGGAUUACCGUGUACUGGUGGACAGUCUUCCUGAGGAUGACAAACCCAGUUUCUUUGGCCUUCCUGCUAACAUAGAGAGAUCAGCACAGAGAAUCAUCAGUUCACAGGUGAUCUCACAGCUGAGGAUUCUGAGCAGGCCGAUAGCUGCCGGUUCUAAAUUCGACAGGGAGCUCUGGUCUACCGCUUUCUCACCUGUGCUCAACCUGUGGAAACUACUCAACCAGGGUUCCUCGUUGAUCCAUCAGAAGGUGACUCCGCCCAGCGAGGGCGUCGGGUCUCCCAUUCUCUCAUUCGUCCAGCUGGAGCAGUUUAACGCUGUGCGAUUGGUCCAGAACAUCCACCAAUCGCUGGCUUCGCUCAGCAAGGUCAUCAGAGGCACAUCGCUCCUGACGGCUGACGUUCACAAACUGGCCACCGCACUCUUAAACCAGGAGUGUCCGUUAAGUUGGCAGAAUAAAUGGGAAGGCCCUGAGGACCCGAUGCAGUAUUUGCGAGCUGUCGUGUCCAGAGCACUUGCCAUUCAGGGCUGGGUCGAGAGGGCAGAGAGAGGAGCUCUGCUGUCAGAAAUGCUGGAUCUGUCUGAACUCUUCCACCCCGACACUUUCCUGAAUGCUCUGAGACAGGAAACAGCCAGGCUGAUGUGUUGCUCUAUGGACAGUCUCAAGUUUGUGACAUCAUGGAGGGGUCAAAUCACUGAAGCGAAACUUCAGGUCAAGGUUGGUGGUCUUCAGUUGGAAGGUUGUAGUUUUGAUGGAAGUCGUCUGGCUGAAAGCCAUCAUGACUCUCCCAGUGUGUCUGCUGUCCCUGCAUGUUACAUGGCCUGGAUCCCACAGAGCGCCGUGGGCAGUUAUUCUCCAGAGGAGUGUAUAUCUCUGCCUGUCUACAGCAGUUCUGAGCGACUGCGUGUGGUGACAAAUGUACAGCUGCCGUGUGCCGGAGCUCAUGACAUGUGGAUUCAGAGCGGAGCUGCCCUCUUUCUCAAACUGCAAUAAAACACACGUCCCGAUGUGAUGUUACUGAGCGUCACAAACUCGGAUAUUACCAUAGCUUUACAUCAAAUCGCUACACAAUAUUGUAUUUAGUUGUUGCUUUUGUCAGUUUUAAACGGUUGUCAGGCUGUAGUUAUAUUCAGACUCUUUCUUUGUAUUUAUAUGAUUAAAUAAAAGUUACUGACUAUUC